AUGAUAUCUAUUUAUGAGCUGUAUUUUAUACAACUCUUAUCAUCGAUACUAUUGUUUGCCAUUAUAUUCAUCACAAUUAUCGGUAAUCUGUUGGUCAUUGUGUCGGUCAUCAAAACACCUAAACUGCAGAUCAGAUCCAAUUACCUGAUCCUAUCGCUCAGCGUCACUGAUCUGUUAACGGGACUGAUAGCUAUGCCGGUGACCGCCUAUCACGAAGUGGUACACAUGAACGACUGGCUUAUGGGAUACGCCAUGUGUCACAUCCAUAUGUUUAUCGGUCACGUCCUGUCCAUUGCCUCAUUCCUCCACAUAUUCUUCAUAGCCAUCGAUAGGUAUGUCUCGGUCUCGAGGGUUGAGUACUCGAUGAACCGGAGCCUAAGGCCCGCGUGGGUUAUGAUUGCCAUUUCGUGGACAUUAGCGGUGCUGAAAGGUAUGGGCCGUUCGUUCAGUCAUAUUCAUAGCGAUUUGGUGUACGUGGAGAGUAUGGACGCCCAACUGUGCGCCUAUUCGGAUGACCCAGAUUAUUGGGUGCUCGGCACCGUGGUCAUAGCCAUGACAUUGUCCGUGGUGAUUUACGCCCUUUAUUUUAGCAUUUAUAAGAAAUCGUGUGAAUUUCGUAACAAAACCCAAACUAAUAGUCAAAAACAAAAGUCAACGAAUCGGGCGAUGAAUCGGGAGAUUCAAGUGGCCAAACGCUCCGUAACGGUUGCCCUGGCGUUUACCGCCUGUUAUCUACCCUAUUGGUUAAUGUGUCUCACUGCAGAUAUUAACAAGCUGGAUUAUAAAACGGUG